UAAAAAUUAAAGAAAAAAACAGAGAUAACAAAACAAUCGUGGAAAGCACAGGACCGAAAGAAUCGGAUUAAUCUGUUCUCUGCAAGUUCGAACAGAGGCAGAACCGAGCUAUGUCUCUUCUCUUCACUUCAUCUCCUCUUCUACUUCCAUGCACUCAUGAAUGUAGGUUUUCAUCACCAUCAUCAUUUUCACGAGGCCCAGUCACCAGAAGCAGCAAUUCCCUUCGAGUUGCUAAUCGGAGUCGAAUUACUGCGUUUUUCUUCAAUCCGGCACAAGACCCUAUCAUCAAAGAAGUUUUCAAGGAACCAGUAGCAUUCUUAGGUGGUGUGUUUGCGGGUGUUUUAAGACUUGAUUUAAACGAGGAGCCUCUCAAAGAAUGGGUUACGAGGACCGUUGAAGCAUCUGAUAUCAGUGUAGAAGAAACUGAUGCAGAAGGAUCAACUACCGAAGCUGCUCCGCAAGAGAUUCAAAUUGAAUAAAACUUGUAUUUUUUUUUUUUAAUUUUAAAACUUGCAUAGCAUCAAAAUGCCAACAGCACAGUAACAGUUUGUUUUAAUUGAUUAUAAGUUAUAAUCUUCUAAGCACAAUAAUAGUAAUUCACCAAUA